AUGCAUACCAUCACAUAUCUUUGCCGCAAGAAGUUAAUACUGUCUACACCUCAAUGGGCUGAGAGCUUUGUUGGGACCACUGGUUCAGGACCUGCCUCUUCUCAGGGUUCCUCGGGAAGGAGCAUAAGCAGACCCUGCUCGGCAAUGUGCGCGCCUCGCCUCCAUCCUAAGACCCUGGCCGAGAAGCAGGAACGCGUCGUAUCCGCUGGGGGGCGUAGGCCCCGAACUCCUCUGCGAGACUUGGGGCGGAGCCAGCCGUGGGGCGGGCUCUUGGAGCAGCUUCCGCCUCCAAAGGAAUUCAAAAUAUGGAAGUCAAACUAUGUACCACCUCCGGAGACCUACACUACUGAGAAGAAACCUCCCCCUCCAGAGCUGGAUAUGGCAAUAAAAUGGUCUAACAUAUAUGAGGACAAUGGUGAUGAUGCCCCACACAACGCUAAGAAAGCUAGGCUCCUGCCUGAAGGGGAGGAGACAGUGGAAUCAGAUGAUGAAAAAGAUGAGCAUACUUCUAAAAAGCGCAAAAUAGAACCAGGAGAACCGACAAAGAAGAAAAAGUAGAAAAUGACAAAUCACAAGAAUUUCUGGACUGCGAAACUUGUUGAAACGGUUUUUUGGGGCAGAUUAAGUUGAUAUUUUAAAUUAUUAUGAAACAACAUCUCCAUGAAAGUACAUGUUAAUUAAUAAGUAUUGCUAUGGGAACUUUCCACUGUAGAAUUCAUUUUUUUAUUUAAAACUUUAUUUAAAACUCAAGUGGUGAUUUGUGAUUGUGAAAUUGACAACACUUGGAAGCAUUCUUGCUAUCACAGAGUUGGUGACAUACUUUGAAAGUUUUGUCACAUGUCGACAUGCCAAUGUUCUAUGAACCUUUUAUAAAGGAAUAUAUUUUUAAAGUAAAUAUAUUGUAAUGUACUGUGAACUUGUAGGGUGCUUUUCAACAGUGUUUGUACAGUGUAAAUAGAUCAUGGAAAUAAAAUUACUUAUUCAAUAUUGCUAUUGCAUAACAUUAACAUUUGAAUAUUUGUCUGUGACAAGUAACCUCUUUGCCACAUGGUGUUUUAAUAGUAGGUAUUACCAUUUAGGGAGUGCCUCUUGUGUUCCAGGUGCUUCGUGGGUGCUUUUUCUCUGCUCUUCAGACAGCCUGGUAAAGCAGAGAUUAGUGGCUUCAUUUUGUAAUAGAGAUUAACUUAUUCAAGUUUCCAUAGCGAGUGAGCAAUGAUUUUGUGAUUUAACUCAGGAUACUUGACUUCCAAAAUCAUCAAAUUAAGCCACCUACCCACCACUCAAAAUUUAGUUGUCUUCUAAAGGAAUUGCACUUGUCCUCUCUUCUAGGUACUCUCUGUGGUAAGUAGGGAGAUCUUCCUCUUCCCUGAUUGUAUUACUGCACCUUGUCAUGUAAGUCUUAUGUGAUGGUUUUUCCUUAAUUUCCCUGUUAAAUAGUUUGCUGAAGAUAAGGAUUCUGUAUAAAGAAUUGCCAGAUGUAGCAAACAAAAAUACAGGAUACCCAGUUAAAUUUGAAUUUUAUAGUAACAGCAUGUUUUUGUAUGUGUAAUAUUUGGGACAGCUUACACUAAAACUUUAUCUGAAACUCAGAUUUAACUGAGUAUCUUGUGCAUUAUCUGGCAACACUACUUCUAUUGCAUCAUCUUUACAUGGUUCCUAUUUUAAUGCUUUGCAUAUAGUAAUAAACAAGAAAGCAAGGGGUGGUCGAGAAAUGAAUAAUCUUUGAUUUUACUUCUACAGUCCAAAAUGCAGUGCCCUUAUUUGUAGCAUUUUAAACUAUAAAAAGGAGAGGUUAUACAUUGUAUCA